GAAGCGAAGCCUGGACGUGCUAGCGAAAUCUGACCGCAUUCAGGCCUGCCGUCUUUGUGAAAAAUGCUCUCUCCGCUCCGAUGGCCGACUCUCGUCCUUGUGGUCGCUGCCCACGCCGCCUUAAUCAGUGGCCAGGGGAUGGUCAAAAUUCCAGCCUCCUUCCAAGCUGUUGGCCAAGCCUACACUGUGAAUAAAUGUUCACCCGAGGCCCGCUCCAGCGAAUCUGGAGUAGCAUCAGAAUUCAGGGAGAGCUACCUAAAAAAUUUCAAGACGGGACACGGCCGAGCGUCUCUCGUCAUUGACCUCGGUGUUAUGGAAACAUUGCGCUAUAUUGAAGACGAAGCUCUCAACCAGACUGUACAGAUCAGCAGCCAACUGUGCUCCCGGGUAGACGCGGACAUGGUGAACACGUUCAACUUCCACUUACUCAAGGGUCUCAAUGGUUCCAUGGUGUUCCCGAUACGUCAGAUGCUGAGCAUGCCUCCGUCCAACGAGAGGCCCGUCACAGGAACGUGCCGGGGUAUGCCAUGCAUAACGUGGACGUACAGGCGAAAUCCUGUCAAAAGGACGGACGACGAUGGCGCAGUAAUAGAGACUAUCGAUGUCUACUACGCAGUGUGGACCGAUUUCACAGAGAAAAAUUCCUGGUACUCGAUGUCCGCUGAACGCAAUGUUCCUAUUGAGCUCCGAAUGUGUCGCCAGGAAAAGGUCAGGCGACCAGGCGAGAACAGCACUGAAAUCACCGAGAAGCUCAACGUGAUGGAGAUAAUGCAAUUUACUCACGAACAAGUAAACGCCGAAGAUUUGGAGUACCCGGACGGAGUGUACUGCGAAGGCUUUGCCGCCGAAGAAUGGAAACCGGACGCGUCUCCUCUCAACUACCUCAGCUACUUAGCAGAAGUCACUGUUGACGCGAAGAAUGACCGGGCUGUUGCUGACUCACGUGUUCGCAUGGACACCACAGAAAGGCUUUACCGGAUUGAUUUCAGCUCGGAGACGUCAAGCAUCAACGAUUUUGCCCUGCCACAAGGCGUGAGAUCUGUGAACCGCAUAAUAUCAGGAACUCACGAGCUUGUGUUCGACAUACAACACUUGAAGAGGGGAGUGACGCGAUGCCAAAACAGAACAUUGAGAAGACUGCCCUUCAUGAUGGAGUCCAUUAUAGAAUUCCAGGAUGUACCGAAUCUUUCGCCCACGCUUUUCUUCGGCACAGACAGGACUAAAUAUUUUCUGAAGAAACAGACGCGCAAGCGAGGAAUUCCCUGCAACGUGUGGCAAGGCAAACGGACCGACUGGCCAUCACGAGCGAAUAUCACCACCGUAUGGGAGUGGUGUGUAGGCGAGCAGAAGAAAAAGCAAACUUUUGGCAUGUGGGACUCCCCCAGUCUCCCUUUGGUCAGCUUGGAAAUCUACAACGCGCACACUGACGAUACCGCAGCGGGCGGCGAAGGAAGCACCGAUUGGGAGAAGCUGACGUUCUCCUUCUACAGAGUGGACAGAGCCAACAAGUGGGUCAUGGAUCUGCAGGCCUUCGAUGUCACUGACUGCAUGGGAGACAAUGUUUAUCCGAUGCAGUUCGAGUUGGCGUAUCCGGAAGCCAAGCAUGAAGACGUGGUGAGCAUCGCCGCCGAGCCAAUUUUUCUGGCCAUGUGCAAAUCGGAGAUAGUGCGCAGCUUGAAAUCGAAUCUCGGAACACUUCGAAUCGGACGCUUGCGCGCUGUAUUCGACGAACAAAGAAAGAUGUACAUCCAGUUUUCAUUACUUGAUGGAUUCCCUUCCGUUAGAGAUGAGCCGACACUUGAGAAAAUGAAGGCAUCACUUCAAAAAGCUGUGGACGAAGGGUCACUGAAUGUCAAAGUCAAUUCGCCGGGAAAAAAGGAGGAGAUCGUAUUUACAGUCCGUGCCAAACACGCUCCGGAUCACCGAAGACGAAUUUCCGGAGGGAAAGGCAUCUAGCGCUUCCCUUUCCAGCCUGAAGAAUACAGCUGGCUCGGCGACAAUACGACGGUGCUAAGGGCGCCACCUGCUCUUUUCUACAGAUAUGAACGACGCUAUCAAUCGGUCCUUCCGAAGAACGAUACGUUUGCGAAAAACUGUGAAAAUUGCGAGUUUUGCAGGCGGAGCUGUUCUACUGUUCAUCAUGGGCGCUCUUGUUGGUGCAAUAUCACUGCGCCUACAGCGGAUUGUACGGUAGAAAUGGCAAAAAAUAAAGAGAGUGAAAGUGACUGUGUCAA